AUACCAGCUUUUCAGUAAAUAUAAAUAAACAACUAAAUCUUUUUUCAAUAAUGACAUUAAAAAAAAAAAAAAAUCAUUACUAAUAUUUUAGACUAUUUCAGACUAACCUUUUGGGCUAUACCUAUCCAUUCACACCUUCUCUCACAUACGUGUACUGUCACACGCACACACACACACAGAGAUUGGAUUUAUUAUUUUUUCUGUAAGUGAGUAAUCUCCAAAGAUCAAUGAAUUAUAUUCAUAUUAAAUAUUCAUGUAAAGUAGCCAGUGGAUGCAGUUGAAAUGCAGAGCAAGUGGUUGCAUUACUGAAAAAAUGACUGCAUACUCUAUGAGUUGCCAGAUGGCACCAGGCACUGCAGUUUGCCAUACCUACAUAUUACCUAAAUACUUCUACUCGCGUACGUGUAGGCACCACGUAGGAUACAAGGGCAUUGAUAAUAAGAAGACUGAGCAAGCGUUUCUGAAUGCAACAAGAUUACGGGCGUGCACCGGAGACACCGAUGGCGAGUUAACAGUAACAGUGACCUAUCACACCAUAUGAAAUGUAAUUCACAACGGAAGCACUGUAACGAUGGAAAGAUAAACUUUUACUGCGCCACAGAGAUCAAGUGCAACACGACAGAGAUCCAUCCGUCAGCUGAGACGACUGAAAUGAUGUUGAGCCGCACCGGCAAUUGCGAACUGGAAUGAACCUGUUCUACCCAGUUUUGUUAGUUCCAGGCGCAGUCACAUUCAUCCUGACGUCAUCAUAAAGUCCUAUCCAGGCGCGUUCACGUAUCCUCAACCAUGUAUAAUAGCCCAUGGGUCUCUAAUUCGGGAAAGGAGCAACUAUUAAGACGACAGACAUUUGCUAUUUCGUCCAUAUUAUUUUGAUUCGUGGGCUAUCAGUAAAUAGCACUUUUAACUCUAUGGUUUCGGUAAGACCCUAGAUUUCCUUUUAACCUUGGCAGGUUAGACAGACGCAGACAGCUAUUAUCAUUGUACGGGAUAACAUUGCGCGCUCUCGUGCUCAAGACUACAGCAGACAUUGCGCACACGCGUUUAAAUACCGGCUUGAGCCGGUAUUAAAUGUGACAAGACUGCGACCGAUAGGAAACAGGAAAGGUUGAUGACUUAGAGGAUGACAUGUUCCAUUUCGGCGGAAAAAGCUAACUACAAUACCAUAUGUUGUUAGUUAAUAGUUUAUUUGGGCAUUUUUCCAUUUCCGUAUAACGUAAAGGCAAGCUAAAUCUACCGUAUCAAAAAUAACAGAAUAUGGGCGCCAGCUAGCAUACAGACUAUAUCCAAAAACAAAUCGACUGUCUAGUAGCCUAGUGACUGUAUUGCGUAGUGAAAACGAGGCGGUCUUUUGCAGUUGUCUCCAUCCACAAUAACCUCCAACAAUAUCGUGGCGUCAACCAUGAUGGGACUGAUCUCCUCCGUGAAAGGGUGCAUGGGACCCAAUGUGUACCCAGAUGUGCCCGACGGAGGCUGGGGGUGGGUGGUGGCCGUGACAUUCUUCUUUGUGGAGGUCUUUACCUAUGGCAUCAUCAAGAGCUUCGGCAUCUUCCUGCAGGACCUCGUGGCUGAGUUCAACGAGUCCAAUACCCGGGUGAUGUGGGUGAUCUCCAUCUGCGUCUUCAUCAUGUCGUUCGCAGCUCCUCUCGCCACUGUGUUGAGCAACCGGUUUGGGUUUCGACCCAUUAUCAUGGUUGGAGGCUUCCUCAUGAGCCUGGGCACCAUCAGCAGCGGCUUCACCAGAUCCAUCAACGAGAUGUACAUCACUAUGGGCAUCGUCUCAGGGCUGGGUUACUGCUUCACCUACCUGCCCACCCUCACCAUCCUCUCGCAGUACUUCAGCAGGCGCCGCUCCAUCGUCACCUCUGUCGCCUCCUCCGGGGAGUGCAUCGCCACCUUCGCCCUGGCUCCAGCCUUCAAUGCCAUUAAGGAUGCGAUUGGCUGGCGCUCCUGCAUGGUGGUCAUUGGGGUCCUACAGGCGAUUGUGAUUGGCUGUGGGGCCCUGCUUCGACCAAUCAUCAUCGAACCCAGACAAACCGUUGUUGACUCGUCCAGCUCCCAUCUGAAAGAGCUGGACAGCAAGUAUGCCCUGGAGAAUGAGGAUACGCACACCUCCUCCAGCUCCGUGGACUCUGGCGUGCAGUCGCUCACUGCCUCAUGCACCAACCUGAACAACACCCAACAGGGGGACCCAUCGCAGGCCUCCCCGGACAAGAAGAGCCUCGCCGAGGAAGAAAAAAAGCAGCAGGCCUGCUUGAAGAAGGAGGAAGACAAUGAAGGACAUGAGACGGUCCCCCUAGAGCCAUCGGAGCCUACCACUGCUACCUCCCCCGCCAGCACCAAGCGGCUGGACUUCAUGGUGCUGCGCGACGGCAGCUUCAUCUGCUACUCGCUCUUCGGUCUGUUCGCCACGCUGGGCUUCUUCGCGCCGCAGUUCUACGUGAUGGAACUGAGCGUGAGCCUCGGCGUGAGCCGCGAGACCGCACCUUUCAUGCUCUCUGCCAUGGGCGUGGCCGAGCUCGUGGGCCGCCUGUCCAUUGGCUGGCUGCUCGCCCGUCUGCCCCUUCGCAAGAUCAACGUGCUGCUGCUCAGUGUGCUCCUGCUGGGCGGAGUGCUGGUCGCCUUCGCGCUGGUGCAGGAGUUCUGGGGGGUGGCCGCCUGCUGCGUGCUCUACGGCUACCUGUUGGGCACAGUGUGCUCCACGCACAUCCCCAUGCUGGCCGAGGACGACGUGGUGGGCAUCGAGCGCAUGCCCUCGGCCGUCGGCAUCUAUGCCUGCAUCCAGAGCUUCGCGGGGCUGGCUGGACCGCCUCUGGGAGGUUUCCUGGUGGAUAAAACUCAGAAAUAUGGCUCAGCCUUCUACUCCUGUGCUGUGGGUAUGGUCCUGGGCGCACUGUUCCUAGGCCUGGUGCGCCCGGUCAGGCUGGGACUGUGCCAGGGAAAGAGGAAGGGCGAGAGCCGGGAGAGCAGUCCAUCAAGAGACUCGACGUACGCCCCAGUUGACUUCCUGGAUGUAGAUCUGGCGGGGGAGGACAGCCCUGCCAAAAGGAAAGAGCCAAGUGUGGUCUGAGUUCAGAGUGGGUCACAAGACUGACCUUAGCGGCAAGACCUAUGCUGACAAGAAGAGAAAAAGGAAGAAGUGAAGACGAGGCAGGAGGACAGUGAGGCAUACAUGGUUUGUGUUUGUAUGUAACAAACACAAUAAACAUGCCUACACAGAGACACAAGAGAACACGGUGUCCAACAGUGACCAGUAUGGUGAUUCUUUUCCACUUCAGAUACCCUGUCGAUGCUGUUAAUGUAUUUGUGUCAUAGGGGACAGGCAAACCACUCACUGACGAUUGUGUGGUCACUGUGCUCACUGACGACCUUGUCACUCCAAAGCCUUCAAAAUGGGUUACUUCACCUUCUCCCCAGGGGCACACGUUAUUUUCAAAGGGUUGUUGUCUCGCUCUCUCGCCCUCCCCUCCCCACACUUUUCAUUGAAUGCCAAAGUACGCACAGAAAUCCUCAGUAGAGAGCAGGUCAAUUUAGUAUUUAUGUUUAAAAAACAACCUUAGUGAAAGUACUGUAUUCUACUUCUCAGGAAUUCCCACAGUCAGGGUGGGUGUGGGUUAGGGAUUACUGUAGUUAUUUUCUUAGAUCUCUAAAGAUGUCUGAAGCUGACUACUCAAGAGGUGAAACAGAUAUUUUUCACAGGAGGGAUUUGUGGAUAUAUCUGUUACAUGUGUAAAUGCGUCAUUCUUUUGCCUUUUAUAUUGUUAUUUAUUUCACGCAAUAUUGUUUAAUGAGGUCCAAUAAGGCUCCAAGGUUAAAGCCAAGAAAUGUCAGAGAAACAGUCAUUCCAUGUGUGAGUUUAUGGAAAAAGACUAAGGUUCAUUUGGUCCCUUAUCAUUGGUUUAUUCAUUAAUGGUCUCUGGUCGGACACUGAUGUCGUACAUUCUAAUGCUGUGAAGCUCUGAUGGUUCUAAUGACCCCCCCAAGUUUCUAUGACAACGAACCAUAAUGUACUCUGGUUUUAUGUCACUAGCCUUCAGAACACCUGCAAGUCUUCCACUCCAAACAGCACUGACCCAGAUAACUGGUGACUUGGGGAUGCAGUGGGCCCCUGACACGGCACCAUGUGCCUGCCAGAGAAGGGCCAGGUGAACUCCAGAAUCACAUGUGCUCCGUGUGACCUUUCAAUGCCUUGGUGUUUGCCAGAGUAGAUCUUCAUCUCCACCAUGUGUUUGUCCUUCUGACUAUAUGUCCAACCCAUGCUUUCACAGACUUUGCUGAAUUCCUGAGUUGUUCAACCAUGUUUUCAUUCACGUUCACCCAGAGAAUGAGUUUUAUUGAAAAACUCCCUUUAUUAUAUAAUACUUUUUAUUUAUGAAUUAGAUUUGUAAACUCAUAGCCAGAGACAGUAGCUGUCAGAUUUGUUCAGAGGUACAUAUGGGGCAAUGUUUUGGGGUUGACACUUUUGUGUGCCUUUUUAAUUUUAGCUUCCCUGCUGCUUUCCAUUGCAUUUUCUAGAAGCUGUCAUAGCCAAAAUGACAGAAGUGUCUGUCUGCUGUAUGAACUGUAUGUGUUUGGCUUGAAGACAAUGAAGAGGCAAUAUUUUGACCGCAUCCCUGCUUGUGAAUGUUGUUUCAUAGCACUUAUUUGUUCACCUUAUAUGAAUAUAUAAUAGAGUGUAUGUAAAUGAGAGACGUUCUUGGGAGUGGGACGGAUGAGCAGUUCGAUCAGUGUAUGCAAUGUACCUCCCUUAGAUGUGUUUGUUUAAAACACUUAAGUCCUGCACUGAGCCUUCUGAACAAUGUUUGAGAUGUUACUCCUCAAUCACCUGAAGACUUGAUCCUUUCUUUCGCACAGUAUCUGGAUUGUCAACACCAAUCCAUUUAUGUAAAGUUUUUUACUAGUCAUCAAAUGUAUAGCUUUCUUAUAUAUAUACACAGCAAUGCAGAAAUUCCAUAUUGUAUUUGUGGAAGAUGAAUAGAUGACUUGUUUUGUAAAAUCAAAUUAAAUUUAAUAUAUGUUUAUGCCUGAAAAUGCUUGAGUAAAAUGACUGCAAGUGAUUAUUUUUUUUUAUAUUGAAAUAAAUCCUGUUUACAACUGUG